AUGUGUCCUAUUUCUUCAAUAUAUUCUUCUAAUACGAAUACUUCCGCUUAUUGUGCUAAAGGUAUUGCCAGAAUUAUCGGUAUUGCAUUUGGAUCUUUAGUGGGAGUUGCUUCUUUAAUAUGCAUUGUUAUAAUUAUUUAUAUACUCUUUUGCAAACGAAAGCCUCCAACACAAAUUUGGAAUCAACCUUAUCCUACAUCACAAACAUAUGAACAACCGAUGUCGACGUUUCCAUAUACACAUUAUUCACAAACAUCUAUGGAACAACCACAAUUAAAAUCACCAAAUAUUACUGAAGAAUUACCACCGGCAUAUGAGGAAAUAAAUGAUAUUGAGCAUUCAAUUAAAUAG